AUGGACGAAACCUAUGAGAAUCAACGUAUUUGGACAACAAAUAAUGGAUUCGUGCGAAAUCAUGCACGACCAGCAACAGGUAACCUCAGCAUACACAGCACCGGCUCGGGGCUGGACGACACAUCAUAUUUGCCCAGAGCUAAUGGGUCUAGUAGCGCGCUAGGCAAGCGUCCGCCACACAAAUCCACCUUCGUCGGCGUUCAAUCGAAAUUUCGGCGGAAAUAUUACCACAAGACCUUAAUUGGUCUGCUCAUACUGUUGAUAAUCAUUUUACUCAUAACUAUAAUCGUUGUAUGUUUAAGUCGUCGCACGCACACCGAGGUGUGUCGCAGCAAAGAGUGCCUCCGCACAGCGGCUGGCCUCACCUACUCAAUGGACGAAGAGACUGAUCCCUGUGAGGACUUUUAUAAAUUCACCUGUGGCCGUUGGGCGGACGAUCACCCCAAACCAGAUGCCUCCACUUCAAAUGACUGGUUUCGUGAGCGACAAGCGAAAAUUAUGCGCACGCUACGCUCAUUCUUGCAAGCGAACAUCAGCAACGAAGAACCGGAAGCUGUGGGGAAGGCUAAAAUUAUGUAUCGUGCUUGCAUGAACACCGAUUUGUUGGAUAAGCGUGAACUGGAGCCACUAAUCGGUUAUCUCAGGAAAUUCGAGCUGCCAUUAGUGCCGAGCGGUUUCAAUGUCUCACUCUCCGCGGAUGCGAUGCGCAAAUAUGGCGAGGAUACAGAAUUCAAUUGGUUGCGUUCAUUGGUGCUUAUCAAGCAAAGCUUGGGUAUGGAUUUGGUGGUGGGGUUUGAUAUAUUCGCCGAUCCGCUAAAUCGGACGAUUAGUCGCAUAGCAUUGGGCACACCGGAAACCGAUUCCGCAUUGCCGUUCAACAAAGAUGAUAUGCACAAACUGCUGAAUAAAAUCAAACGGAAAGCAAUAGCUAAUCACGAAGAGGAUAGCGAGGAUAGUGAAGAAUUAGAAGAUGAGAUAGAGGAAUCAAAAAAACGCACGUCUGCGGGAUUGCUCGCUUAUUUGGCGUACAUAAAGAAACUAGUCGAGUUAUACGUAUUGUAUCUCAAUCCCAAUGCAGACGUGGACUCAACUGAAGAAGCUAUAAACGAUAUGGCUUUACAGGCUGUGAAGUUCGCCAAGCGAUUAUAUGCGUUGAAAGACGAUGCAGAAAAUAUGACCAAAACCAUGACAAAUCCUCUUGAGGAUAUCAUUUACAUAUCCGUAGCUGACUUACAGAAUCUAACAGACAAACUAAUCGCACCGAAAACAAUGCUCAACUGGGAGAAAUAUUUACAACUGAUGAUGAAGGAUGCAAAUCACUCGCAAAAGUUCAACGUAUCCGAGCUGACAAUCAUAACCAGCCAUGCGGACAUUGUGUACCUUCAAACCGUAUCAGAGUAUUUGCUCGACGCACCGCCAACACACAUCGAAUUCUACAUUUGGCUAAGUGUGGUCGAGGAGUUAAUAUUGCACACCACCAGCGAGAUGCGCCUGCUGCAUUACGAAUACAUGAGCCAGAUUAUUGGCACCGAAGGCGGUUCGCCACGUUCGCUCUAUUGUGCACAUGGCAUUAACAGCCUGAUGGGUAUGGCGGUGAGCUACGUGCUGGCCGAUGAUGAUUUCACACGUCACAAAUUGCCCAAGGUGCAGCGCAUGUUAAGCGACAUAAGACAUGCAUUCGAUACGCUGGUGCGCCACACCUCCUGGAUGGAUAAGGAAACCAAACACGGAACGCUACAAAAGUCAGCAUCCAUGAAAAGUUUUAUUGGCUUUCCGGAUUGGCUACGCAAUGCAACAGCACUGAAUGCGCACUAUGCGGGUGUGCAGGUGAAUGUGAGCACACAUUUGGAGAAUAUGGUUGGAGUGCUGCGUUGGCAGAUGCAAGAUAAAUUGGAUAAUCUCUAUCGACCAGAACCGCUUGGUUGGGCCACAUCCCCAUCGAAUGUCAAUGCUUUUCACACUUUCCAACACAAUACGAUUACUAUACCCAUUGCCAUAUUGCAGUAUCCUUUCUACGAUCUCGGCAUGGAAGCGCUAAAUUAUGGCUCCGUCGGCACCAUUUUGGGACACGAACUGACACAUGGAUUUGAUGACAGCGGGCGGAUGUUCGACAAGGAUGGCAACAUGUUGCAGUGGUGGUCGAAUGAAACGAUCAAGGAAUAUAUCAACCGCACAGAGUGUUUUGUGGACCAAUACAAUCAUUACUUUCUGCCUGACAUUGACGAAUAUAUCGAUGGUGAGCUAACAUUGGGCGAAAAUAUUGCUGAUAAUGGUGGCAUGCGUGAGGCCUUCCAUGCCUAUCGCAUGUAUGUGAAGGAAAUGGGCGCUGAACGCGUUAAAUUGCCCGGACUAGAGAAAUAUUCGAAUGAACAGCUAUUUUUCAUUUCAUUUGGAAAUUUGUGGUGCGAAACAUAUACACCGGCAGCAUCCCGUUAUGCGCUCGAAGAUUCACAUUGUCCGGGCAAGAUGCGCUUGAAGGGUGUGCUUUCGAAUUCUGAAGAGUUUGCGCAGACUUUCAAGUGCAAACGUGGAAGUGGCAUGAAUCCGGACCAAAAGAAGUGCCGUAUUUGGUGA